UUCUGGUCUAACAGCAGAACACACCAUUGCUGAUAUCAGAUCACAUUUUGGAAAGUUUGGAGAGAUUUUGGAAGUUUAUAGGCCGGACAACGGGUACAAGAGUGGAGGUAACGAGAAUGCACCAAAGACCAGGAAUGGGCAGAGGAAACAUGAACAGGAGCACAGGCAACAUGAGGGUCGAAGAAAUCUUGACGAGACAGCUAUCAUCGCAGGAGCAACGUGGACCACCUCCUAACAAUCCACUGCUUGGAAGAAACAGAUUACCACAGACAAGUCAUGGACGACUGUUAGACGGACACAGAUUACCGCAGGAAAGAAAUGCAGCAAGGCUAGAAGAAAAUCCACUAAGGCUGGAUGAAUUUGGGUAUCCGCUAUGGGGUUCUGGACUACCACCAGCAGGAUGUGGACCCCCACCGGUGGGAUGUGGACAACCAUUGAUGGGACGGGACCUACCAUUGGUGAGCCAUGGAUUACCAAAGAUAAGACCGACGGGAGGACAUGGACCUCCAAUGUUAAGACAUGGAUCACCUCUGGUGAGACGUAUACCACCGUUAGGAGAGCAAAGAUUACCUAUGAGAGGGCGUGGGCUACCGGUGGGAGGACAUGGACCACCGAUAGGAGGACAUGGACCACCGAUAGGAGGACAUGGACUACCGAUAGGAGGACAUGGACCACCGAUAGGAGGACAUGGACCACCGAUAGGAGGACAUAGACCACCGAUAGGAGGACAUGGACCACCGAUAGGAGGACAUGCACCACCGAUAGGAGGACAUGGACCACCGAUAGGAGGACAUGGAUCACCACUGGUGAGAAGUAUACCACCGUUAGGAGAACAAAGAUUACUUAUGAGAGGACGUGGGCUACCGGUAGGAGGACAUCGACCACCGAUACGAGAACAUGGACUACCGAUGGAAAGAUAUAGACCACCGAUGGGAGGACAUGCACUACUUGUGGGAGAACGUGCACCACCGGUGGGAGGACGUAGACCGCCUCUGACAGAAUGUGGACCACCGAUGGGAGGACUUCCGUUGGCAAGAUAUGAACCACCGAUGGUGGGAUAUGGACCCCCGACGGGAGGAUAUGGACCACCAGUGGUAAUAUAUGCAUCCCCGAUGAGAGAAUAUGGAUCAACGAUGGGAGGAUAUGGACUUCCGAUGGAAGGAUAUGGACCCCCGAUGGGAGGACUUCCGGCGGAAAGACAUGCACGAUCGGUCGGAGGACACGGACCACCGAUGGGAGGACAUAUACCACCGAUAGGCUAUCGGCCUCCACGGAUGAGACCAGAUCUUGUGUCAGAAAGUCGUGGACAACCAGAUGCACCAACGACGGACAGACAGGAAAUGCCGCCGGAGUCAAAUGAACAAACUUUGGGGGAAAGUACAACACCAGGCCUAAGAAGGAAUAGGCGGGGCAGACAGAUUCGCACUAAUGUAGGGCCGCGUUUUUUUCAAAAAGACGAAGCGUAAAGUUUCAUCCAAAAGGAAUUGGUUUAUUAGUGUAAUAGAGGCUCUUUUUGUAUAAAUUAACUGUACCGGGAGAUAUAAUAGUGGUUCGCAUAUCCAACUGACCUAUACGAGGAAAUAUUGUUCAAUCUCUAGGUAACAGUGAAUAUUGAUUCAUGUUUGUCUUUGUUUUUGUUCGUGACCGAUGAAUCUUAGUAUAGUUUCAUAUCGCUGUGUAAGUUUUUAUUAAAUGUGAUUUUAUGUUUCUCUAUAUGUGUAUUAUAAAUUGAAAGGAGUAUAUUUUUAGGUGAGAGUAAUUGUUGGCAAAGAAAGGUUUUCGCUUUUUGUUUCUCCAUCCUUGUACAAAAAGAUGUGGGAAUUUUCCAAUGAAAGAAAUAAAUCAAUGGAUAAGUAGAAAAGGAAACCCUUCUUUUCCAAAAAUUUUCAUUAUGUUCAUUGAUUAUUAUUAUAACGAGAAGUUGUCGAACACAGUAUAUUAGAAAAUUACAACCUUCUUUGAUUCCAAUGUGAAAUCGAAAUAUCUCAUCAUAUUUUGUGUGCAUAAUUUACUUGUCAUUUACUUACUUUACAAAGCAUAUUAUGUUUCAUAUAAUUAUAUCACAUUUUAUUCUA